UUAGGAAGAGAACCACCCGUGGUUUAAUUCCAACAAAAAGUAUCUCUCUGAAGUCUCUGCUAGAAGUCUCAACUAUCUAGCAGCACCUUACAUCGCUUUUUUCCUGUUGUUUUUGUUUCUCCAAACCAAAGUGAGAAACUAUGUCUAACGUGGCUUACCAUUCUGCCAUAAGACAUCAACCUUUACCUUCUCCAUUGAUGUUGAAAACCCCUGCCCAUUAUCUCUCUCAUCAAACUAAUUACUUCAUUCCUUCAUCUCCCAUUAAACUCCACAACAACAAAAUUCCAUUUCGAAUAUCUUCUGACUUGGCUCCUAAAGCUCGAUUCGUUGCUCGUCGCAAAGAGACUCUUUCUGUUCAGCAGCUUCAGCGCCCUCUAUUGGAAUAUAUGAGCUUGCCGGCAAGUCAAUACUCGGUGUUGGAUGCAGAGAGGAUAGAGAGAGUAGAUAAAAAUACAUUUAGGUGCUAUGUCUAUAGAUUUAAAUUCUUCAGUUUUGAGGUUUGCCCUGUUUUACUGGUUCGUGUGGAGGAACAGCCUGAUGGGUGUUGUAUCAAGCUUUUAUCCUGCAAGUUAGAGGGGUCACCGACUGUGGUUGCACAAAAUGACAAGUUUGAGGCUUCUAUGGUGAAUCUUCUAUCUUGUGAUAGCAAGCAAAGCAACUCAGGAAUACAACAGCUCACUUCUGAUGCAGUGAUUGAGGUGAGCAUUGAUGUACCUUUCCCACUUCGAGCACUUCCGGUGCAAAUGAUUGAAUCAAGUGGAGCACGAGUACUUGACCAAAUACUCGUGAUUAUGCUUCCUCGCUUUAUGGAACAGCUUGUUAAGGACUAUCAAGCAUGGGCUUCAGGGGAUACCUCAAGGCAACCUCUUGGAACUGGUCAAAUAUGAGAGUGGAAGUACUAGUGCGCUCUUCUUUUUUUGACUGGUGGAAUGGUCUCAAAAUCUUUAUUCUAUGAUCAGAUAAUUUCCUCCUGAAAAAUAUAAGAGGAAGAACCGAAGCUUAACAAAGGAGAGUCUUGUGUAAUAAUAUAUGUAUGUAUAUAUAUAUAUUUAAUUUGAAAAGCUGAAUGCAGAAUCUUGUGUUGCGAAUAAUGCAAUAAAAUUAAACUAAUUUAUUCAA